GGACUUCUGAGAACUGAAGUACAAUUUCAACGAGGUCACUGAAGGAAAAGGCAUAUACUAGAAGAGAAUAGCUGUGUCCACAGGCGCACUUCCUCUGAUGCUGUUAAGAAACAAUAGCCAUGGGUUGUUUCCCGUGUCCUAGAAAAUCAAAGAAGAACCAGAACCAGAAGCCCAACUAUCCGAUCUCAUCAUCCUCAGAAAAAUCGAAGUUGAAUUCACCGCUGGUUGUAAAUGAGAAGUCUAAUGAUGGAGGAUCUGAUCGCAUUUCCGCACAAACAUUUGUAUUUCGUGAUUUGGCUGCUGCAACAAAGAAUUUCAGGGCUGAUUGUCUUUUGGGUGAAGGAGGUUUCGGCCGUGUAUAUAAAGGGCGAUUGGAGAGUUGCAGUCAGGUUGUCGCUAUCAAGCAACUUGAUCGUAAUGGGCUACAAGGGAACAGGGAAUUCCUCGUUGAAGUACUGAUGCUAAGCCUACUUCACCAUCCAAAUCUUGUUAACUUAAUUGGCUAUUGUGCUGAUGGAGAUCAGAGACUUCUGGUUUAUGAAUACAUGGCAUUAGGAUCUUUGGAAGACCAUCUACAUGACCUCCCACCUGAUAAAAAAAGACUUGACUGGAAUACGAGAAUGAGAAUAGCUGCGGGUGCUGCAAAGGGCUUGGAGUACUUACAUGACAAAGCUAACCCCCCUGUGAUUUAUCGUGAUUUGAAGUGCUCAAACAUUUUGCUUGGUGAAGACUAUCAUCCCAAGCUAUCUGAUUUUGGCUUGGCCAAAUUAGGUCCUGUUGGGGAUAAGACCCAUGUAUCCACCAGAGUGAUGGGAACCUAUGGAUAUUGUGCACCUGAAUAUGCAAUGACUGGUCAGCUUACAUUGAAAUCUGAUGUUUAUAGCUUUGGGGUUGUUCUUCUGGAAAUUAUCACUGGGAGAAAAGCAAUUGACAACUCAAGGGCCGCUGGGGAACACAAUCUGGUUGCAUGGGCUCGACCCUUGUUCAAAGAACGAAAAACGUUUCCACAGAUGGCUGACCCAAUGCUCCAAGGCCAAUAUCCAGCGAGGGGCUUGUAUCAAGCCCUUGCUGUUGCUGCGAUGUGUGUUCAGGAACAACCCAAUAUGCGACCUCUCAUAACUGAUGUAGUUACGGCACUUACAUACCUUGCUUGCCAAAAAUUUGAUCCCGAAUCCCAGCCAGUCCCGGGCUCCCGGAUGGGUUCUUCCACUCCUAGAACCAGAAGGGAGCAAUGAAGUAGAUCAGCGACUGAUCAAGCCUGAAGCUUAUUUAAGCAGUUCCAUCAUCAGAAGCCCAAGAUGGGUUUUGCUGCCUCCUGAUAGCUGAAGUGCUGCAUGGGGAUGGUAAUGAAAUGGGUUUGUAGUUGUGAUACAGAGGUCAGUGGAUUGGUGCUUAGUUGUUUGCUAUUGGUGGCACAGAUGGUGUGUGCCCGUUUCUUAAUUUUGCAUCAAUCCAGAUAGCGGGUGCGAUGGCCAGUCUCACUACUGUCUCCUAACAGGAAGUAUGUUAUCUUUUUUCCCCCCUUUCCUCACUCUCUUUCACGCUACAAGAUUCUUUUACGAAAGAUUGAGCUUGGGGUUUUUGUAUCUAUAUAGAAACAGGUCCCCCUUAGUAUCCUCAUUUCUCCGUUGAGUUUUCAAGAGUUUUGGUAAAUAAUUCACCUUAUGCAUUUCAAC